AUGCAUCCACCGCUUACAUCUUGCCAAACUGGUUCAGGACCGACUGGAAUUCCAUCGCAUGGCCAACUUCAGCCAACUAGCCUUCUACCUUCUUCCUCGCCACUCCAUAUGUCUCCGGGGGUGCGACAUCCCGAAUGGGUACCGUUUUUCUUGAUUCCAUCUUUUAGUUUUAGACCCAGUGUACAAUCUCAUUGGGCAGGACGACAAAGUAUUCAAAUGGCUAAUGUGACCACCGGAAACCUAGGAAAUUCCAUGACUUCUUCCAGAGCUGGGGGUGGCAUAGCAAUCUCUUCCGACUCUAAUUGCAUCGCCAUUAAUCCUGGAUUAUCUCCUGUCUCUAUUACACUUACAACAGAGGGACGCUCCGAUCUUUCUAUUUACCAAGAAUAUUUUGAACGUCAUUUUCUCACUGCAACCGAAAGAUUUUAUACAUUUGAGAGCGCUCAGUUUUUGCAAUCUAAUCCUGUUACUGAUUAUUUACAAAAGGUUGGUGCUCGGUUAAAUGAAGAGAGAAUGCGUGUGCAAGCAUAUUUGCAUGUAAGCACAUUGCCAAAGCUCAUUCGAUCUUGUGAGCAUUUCCUGAUCGGAGAACACAUUGAUAGGCUCACACGGGAAUUUGCCAACUUACUUAAUGAGGAUCGCGAAGAGGACAUCUGGCGUACCUACCAGCUCGUUGGUCGCUUCCCUGUAGGAAUGUCUACUCUUGUUACGAUGAUGGAGGACCAUGUAGAAGAUAUGGGCUCUGAAGCCUUGCGUCAGGUGGCUCAGACUGCUCUAAACUCUCUUUCUUGCUCCGUAAGAUCCGUCUGCUUUCUCCCUGAUUCACGUAUUUCACUUGAGCCCUGCCAUCCCAUCGGUGCUGCUCGAGGCGUUAUUUGCCCUCCCUUGCGUCUGGGGGACUAA